CAUAUCAUUCACGCAAUGCGCAUUGCGCACCCCACACGCUCUCUCAUAUCCUUGGCUCUCCAUCGUCAUUACAAUCCUCAAACUCCUCUCUCUCUUCUUCAUCAACGCCGUACUCUCUCUCCCUCGCUCUCACGUUUUCGUCAACUAACCCCAAAUCUCUCCUCUUUCACUACUACUCUCUCCAUGGCAGACAACACGGACACUGCUUCCGGUAUCUCUGACGCCGACGAGAUCGACGUCAAGUACGGGUUCAAGAGGCCGGAGAUGUACUCCAGCGAUCUCGCUGGGACUGUUGCUAUGUAUGAUCGUCACGUGUUCCUUUGUUACAAGGGCCCGAAAGACUGGCCCAAACGUGUUGAGGCUUCCGACGCUGAUCCUCUGCCCAAGUUAUUUGCCUCUGCUUUGAAAGCCCGUAAAGACGAUAUUACUGUCAAGACAAAUCUGACUAUAUUCGGUGGAGGCGACGCGGGGGAGUUCGGCGAUGGAGACGUGUUGAUUUUUCCGGACAUGAAGAUAUAUAGGGGCUUGAAAGAUUCUGAUGCUGAUGGUUUUGUUGAUGAUGUGCUUGUGAAUGGAAAGCCAUGGGCUGAUGGUUUGGAGGGGAAUUUCAUUAGUUCCCACAUAUUUGUUUGUGCUCAUGAGAAGCGAGAUACGAGGUGUGGUGUUUGUGGACCAGCUCUAAUUGAAAAACUUAAACAGGAGAUUGUGGCACGUGGACUGAAGGAUAAGUUGUUUGUCAGCCCAUGCUCUCACAUUGGGGGACACAAGUAUGCUGGAAACUUGAUUAUCUUUGGCCCAAACCCUGAGGGAAAAGUUACAGGGCAUUGGUAUGGCUAUGUCACUCCUGAGGACGUGCCUGAAUUGCUGGAUGAGCAUGUUGCUAAGGGAGUUGUCAUAAAGCGUCUUUGGAGGGGACAAAUGGGGGCAUCCAGUGAAGAAGGUGAAAAAGUGGCUGAACAGAAGCUUCCAAAUGCAACAGAUGACAAGAAAAGUGAGAAGCAUGAAGAAAUAAUCAACCAGGGCAACAGUGAAAACAUGUCUGGCUGUUGUCAAGGUGCAAAUGGCUUCUCAUGUUGCAGAGAUGGAGAUUUGGAAGUGAGUGAAGAGAAAAAACUGAAAGAAGCCAUCAAAGUGGAUGGACCGAAGGGGAUGGCUAAACUCUCAAGCUGGAUUGGAUCCUGGGAGCAGCAUGAUGUCCUUGCAGCAGUUUCUGUUGUUGGAGCUGUAGCAACUGUUGCAGUGGCAUAUAGCCUGUAUAGAAGGUCAGGCUGAAAUAUGCCCUCAAAUCGAGGCAUUCCUGUUUUUUGCAGCUUUAUGCAUGCCUUCGUUUUUUGUAGGCAGUUACUAUAGCAUGGAAGAAAAUAAUCCUCUAAACAGCUUAUUUCUUCAGGAGGAUAAUACGUAUAUGUUUUUAGGAUGGGGAGGAUUACCAAGUAAGCAGGAUUGACAGUAUUAAGCCCAUUUCCCCCCGUUGGUUUUUGUGGAAGAAUUUAGUGAGGUUUCAAUAUUUCCAUAUUUUCUUGGUGAA